AUGGAGCUCCCUGAAGGAAUACUGACCAUAUAUAAAAAACAAAAAUCAACCCAAGAAGAACAAGAAGAACAGUCCCCUGUACAAACUCCAAGGACCCAAAACUUGUGGAGAAAACCAAAGAGGAAGAAGAGCACACCGACAGGAAAUCCAAAGCAACUUGUGGUUGCUGAUGACAAUGAUGAUAAAAAGCCCAAAAAGAAAAGAAUGAAACCUGAGAACAACAAACUGAUGAUUGGUCAAGAUCCACGGCCAAUCAGUUCUGAAGAUUACGUCAAGAAAUUUGAGACAAGGAUGACACCAAACCAUCUUUUCCAACUCAUCUCUGAAAUCAAUAAACCAACAGAUCUUACAAAAGAGCCAGAUGCGACCGGUGCAAGACAAGUCCCAUUGAAUGGGAACAAUGUACUGGAUAUCAAACAGGAAGAUGUUGUUGCUGUACUUGAUCUUCCUCGUGGACCCAAACCAGUGGAAGAAUUCAAACAGAAUGAUCCCGCUAUAACGGACCACGUGAGAUGGUGUGAGUAUGAAAGAGCACAUCCGAGGUCAUUCCCUGUGAUCAAAUCUUGGGAUCAACAGAUGCUGGACGACAGAAUAAGACUUCAGGGAUGCAAUUUCACAGAUGUCCAGACACUUGAACGUCUCAAGAAACCGUCCUCAGCAGCAUCCCGAGAUGAACAACCAGAGGCGGAAUCACAGAAGGAGGAUACACAGGGAAACCCCAACACACAGCAAGUCUAUGACCUUGCCACUCUUUAUGAAAAAUUCUACCAAUUGAUUAUCACGAUGAGCAAAACUGUUUUAGACAUUCGUGAGAAGGAAAUGGAGUUAAGAAUUGAACCAGAUGAACAAGCAAAGCAAACAAUCAAGAUCCUAUCAGAUGCAAUGGUGUCGAUGAGUAGAAAGAUGCCUCCGCCUUCAGAAGCUCCAAUUAAUCUCGCAAAAUUUCAAGACAUUGAAAUUGACAAAGCACAGGGACUGGAGCAAUUGAGCCAGACAAAUGAUGAGCCUUCUAUUGCAGUGGGGAAAUCUGUGCCUACUUCAAAAGAAGUGGUGGUUGAUGAACCACAAACUCAACUACAAGGGGCACAGGGACUGGAUCAAUUGAGCCAGACAAAUGAUGAGAAUUCUCUUCCAGUGGGGAAAUCCGUGCAUACUUCAAAAGAAGUGCUGGUUGAUGAACAACAAACUCAACCACAAGAACAUGCAACGAAUGUCUCCACGACAAAAAAGAAGAGAUCCCAUCAAGAUUCCACCGGCCGGGAUUCAGCUGUGACAUCCACCUAUACCAAAAGGUCGAGAAGCACUGGUACCAGGAAAAGGAAAGCAUUGAAAGACGCAACUAUCCCAAGCUUUAACCUAUGUAUCUUCUCCAGUCAGGAAGACAGUUACGAGACAACCCAGGAGAAGAACACUCAGGAAGAUGUCACAGGAAGGGUUGAUCUGGAUAAAGAUGUGAAUGAGACUAUAGAAGCAGAAGAAUAUCCAGUACCAUCUGCUCUCGAAGAAACAAAGAAUCCCAUUCCUUCCAUCGAUGAAAUUAUAACAAGGGCCAGUGCACCAGCUUCAGAAUUGUUGAGUGAUAUAGAAAAACUAGAGAUCAUUGCGGCUGUUGCAGAACAAGUUGAGAAAAACCUAGAAGUGGUUGAAGCAAUCCCUUUAAGCAUAAUUCCACCCGAUUGGAAUGUUGCUUCUACCACGGGUCAUCUACUCAUGCUGGACAAAAAUGAGUGUACCACGCCACCGCCUGCAAUCUCAAAGAAAGCUGAAGUACUUGAUGAAGGGUUAACAAAGACAGUGGAAAAGAUCCUCAAUCAAAAACCUAGGAGGAGAAAUCUAACAAGAAUCCACCGGUUGCCCGAAUGGUUCAGGUCGCCGUUCAUGCUGCAGAAGAAAAACAAGAAAAAAUUCAUACAGUUGAUAGAGGAGAAGAAGAAAAUGACCGAAGAAGAAGCUCUGUUGAUAGACUUCGCUCUCUUGCAGAGACAAGAAGAAAUAGUUAAAUCAGGGAAUUUCUUGUUUGAAUUUGGAAAAAUUGUUUGGGCAGACAGGACAGCAUUCUAUUCCAUGAGGGAAGGCAUAUGGAUAGAAAACAGCAUCAUAGAUGCUUGGGCUGUCAUCCUAAACAAAGAAGAAGCUAAAAGUGACUCCCCAAGUCGGAUAUUCUUUGGUGUUUCCGUAUUUGAUACAAUCAGUCGAUACAACCAACCGGGCAGUAACAAAGAAGAACUAGAGUUUACAUUCUAUGAGAGGUUGGCUCUUGAACUAGAAGAACAAGGACUCAGUGUAGGAUCCCUGAUAGUGGCAAAAGCUAUCUACUUCCCAGUACAUUACCGAGAGCAUUACUUCUUGUAUGUGUUGCUGGUUCAAGAAAAGAAAGUGCUUGCAUUCAACAAUCUUCAUGCAAAAGAUCUACUUUUUCGGUUCUUCCAAAGCUACAUUGCAUGCGUGUUUCCACGCAUAGAACUGGUCAGUGCUCAGUACACCUUCACAAAGGUUACGCUACCAUCGCACAACGACAAAAAGCCGAAUGCGGAAGAUUGUGGAAUAUUCACAAUGCACCACAUGGAGAAGUAUGAUGGUGGUGACUACGACGACGGUACAACUUUGGAUUUCCAUACAGGAAACAUCAAAGAGUACCGGUGGAUAUACAUGUUAAAAAUCCUUAUGCACCCAUCCAACAAAAAUAAAGACAAAAUCCUCGAAGCAAUGCACCAGUUCUACACAAAUACUGCUGAAGAAGAACCAAAAGAAAUUCCAGAUCAUGUUGAUUUAAGCAGCAAAUCUUACUACAAUGACAGAAAAAUUCAGGGAUGGGUUAAAUGA